UUAUUGGGCUGCGGACUUCGGAGAUCCCGGGGUGGACUUUGAUGGCUUUUCUGUGAGCUGGAGUAUGUGUAUAUAUAUAUAUGUAUAUAUGUAUGUGUGUGUGUGUGUGUGUGUCAAUCUGCUGCUGCUGCUGCUCCUGCCGUAGACGUCACGGGCAAAAGAUAUCUCGACGGGGCAUGUGGUUCAGCCGUCUAUAUCGAAGUAUAGUAUACACCAAGUCCCACGGCGUGGGUGGGGAAAGACCCGACACUGGUGACUUGGAAGGAGCUUGGUAUUCAACUGCUACAUAUAUCGAAUUCUAGGCAGGUCAUUGGCCGGGUAUCAAUCAGGCGCGAGCGAGAUCGGGUUGGGUUGUAGUAGUAGUAGUAGUAGUAGUAGUAGUAGUAGUCGCUGUGGGGAUAUAUUCGGGGAUU